GGGCAAGGAGUGGGCGUAGUGAGAGCUUACUUGUAUUUGGGACCGGGUGCGGUCAAGGAGGCCGUGAUGGGCCUCGCGACGACAGGGACUAGUGACGCAGUUAGCAGGGCGCUACGCUACCUAGGGGAAGAGGUAGCUGCUUUCCGAGCGGAGGACGCGAGCGACCCGUUGACCCUAUUUCAUGGACGCCCCCCUCUUGAUAUCACGGGCGAGCUGGUGGUAGCACGGGACGRCUUUUUCCCGYACAGCGUUAGGAGCCUGCGGGCGAUAGUUCCGACGUUCGUAGUAGAGAGUGUCUUUGGAGGUAUUGGUGGAGUGGUCGAGACAAACCUGGCCUAUCAGAAUCUCAAGAUCCUGGCGAGAAGGUCUGCUGACCUAGACUACAUCUAUUAUUCGCUUGCGACCGGUGGGCCUCGUUGGGGAGACGACAGGGUUCAGCUUAUAGAGCUGAUCCGCUCGAUAGACAACGAGUGGCCCCAGCCUUCGUGCGUUUGGGAUUGGUUAGACCGUGAGCUCCGAGCAGGCCUCGAGUACGUGACUUGCAUCGGGCGGCUCUUCUCAGACGACUGGGGGAGCUGGUGGAGUGAGGACGCCGGGCGACCUCUGAUAUACGGGCAUCAGUUGACGGAAUACUACCAGGCCAUAGGACAGGCGCCAUACCGCGUCGAGGACGAGUUUGACGACGAGGGUUGGGAGCGAGAGGACGACGAGGAGCUGUGGGAGCCAGACUGGGUCGACCCAGAGAGUGAGGUUGACGAGGAGGAGAUUGAUGUUAUAGACGCCCAUUUUCCCAGGAUAGGAGUAGCGGUCCGGGCGUAGGAGGUAGAGGAGCGCACCAGGGCGAUGGAUGAGUGGGCCUGGCUACUAAACCUAUUUGACCAUACUGGACCUGAGUGCGAGAGUUGUCAGAAGGGUUUGCAACGUCGAGAGAUGGGGUGCACCGGAGGGAGUAGAGUGAUGCUGACCAAGAGUAGGAGAAGAAAUGAGGAGUGAUUCAGCGGCCUGGUUAGCUUAUGUUCUCUCACGAGAGUCCGAAUCGUAUAGUGUGAGGAAGCUUGUGGAGCCCAGAGAGACGGCGGUUGGAUACGACAUACCACUUCCUGUGGCGCUAGAAGAGGCAGG